AAAUUGAAAAUAAUAUUUAAAGGAAUAUAGGCAUAGUAAACUGUGUGAAAACUGUAGCCUCAAAAAGCAAUAAUGUUGCGCAUCUAUCAGAACACAUACCGGCGAACCGCAAGAAAAGCCGUUGUUUACUCCACCAAGGUGAUCUGCUGCAAUCAUUCCACGCUAUGCAACAUCACCCGGCAACCUCGCCGCAACGGUGCAGGCCCCCAAUGGGAGCAGCACCACAGUCGCAGUCACGAACAGUUUCUGCUUGCUGGCAACCAAGCGAGAGGCUGGACAAUACCGCCCCACUCCCGCGGCUACGGCAUGUUCGUGGUACGUAUUCUAAGAGGCGCCCUCAAGCUGAGAUACCUUGUGCUGGGCGGUGCCAUUGGCGGUGGCGUUUCAUUGAGCAAAAAAUACGAGGAUUGGAAGGAGGGGCUACCCGAUAUGAAGUGGCUAGAGGAUGCACUGCCUCAGGGUGAGAGAUGGAGUCAGUUCUCUCAGAAUCUCAUUGAAAUGGGCAGCGUAGUUAAGAAUGCCAUUGACAUCGAUCCGAGGCUCAAGCAGCUUGGCGAAGAUAAAUUGUCGGAAUGGCGCUCGUGGUUCGAUUCUCGCCUGGACGAUGCAAUUGAAGCGGCCGACUAUCAAGGAAAUCAAAUUGUCGAAACCAAGGAGGAUAUCAGGUCCAAGACAACGGUUGCAGCUCUGGGCAUACCCGCAGACGAAAGUCGUAAGAAAUAUGAGAAACUGCAGAGCCAAGUGGAAACGCUUCAGACUGAAAUUAUGAAUGUGCAGAUCAAAUAUCAAAAGGAGCUCGAGAAAAUGGAAAAGGAGAAUCGGGAGCUGCGUCAGCAAUAUCUCAUACUUAAAACAAACAAAAAGACGACGGCAAAGCGAAUUAAGAAAUCAUUAAUUGACAUGUACUCCGAAGUGCUAGACGAACUGUCCGGCUAUGAUACGGGCUACACCAUGGCCGAUCAUUUGCCGCGAGUUGUUGUGGUCGGUGAUCAGAGUAGCGGCAAGACAUCUGUGCUAGAGUCUAUAGCCAAGGCGCGCAUCUUUCCACGUGGCAGCGGCGAAAUGAUGACACGUGCCCCUGUUAAGGUAACGCUGGCCGAGGGGCCCUAUCAUGUGGCCCAGUUUCGUGACACGGAUCGUGAGUACGAUUUAACCAAAGAGUCUGAUCUGGCUGAUCUGCGUCGCGAGGUGGAGUUCCGUAUGCGCGCCUCUGUGCGAGGCGGCAAGACGGUGAGCAAUGAGGUGAUUGCGAUGACCGUCAAAGGCCCUGGACUGCAACGCAUGGUGCUGGUCGAUUUGCCAGGCAUCAUUUCGACCAUGACAGUCGAUAUGGCAUCGGACACCAAGGACUCCAUUCACCAAAUGACAAAGCAUUACAUGAGCAAUCCAAAUGCGAUUAUACUGUGCAUACAGGAUGGCUCUGUGGAUGCGGAGCGCAGCAAUGUCACCGACUUGGUCAUGCAAUGUGAUCCCUUGGGUCGUCGGACAAUAUUUGUACUUACCAAGGUUGAUUUGGCCGAGGAGUUGGCGGAUCCUGAUAGAAUAAGAAAAAUUCUCUCAGGUAAACUGUUUCCCAUGAAGGCGCUGGGCUACUAUGCCGUUGUCACGGGACGCGGACGCAAGGAUGACAGCAUAGAUGCUAUAAGACAGUACGAAGAGGACUUUUUUAAGAAUUCCAAGCUAUUUCAUCGACGCGGGGUUAUCAUGCCACACCAGGUGACGAGUCGAAAUCUGAGCUUAGCCGUUUCCGAUCGUUUCUGGAAGAUGGUGCGCGAAACUAUAGAACAGCAGGCGGAUGCAUUUAAGGCGACCAGAUUUAAUCUGGAAACCGAGUGGAAAAACAACUUUCCCAGACUACGCGAAUCUGGCCGUGAUGAGUUAUUUGAUAAGGCCAAGGGCGAAAUACUGGACGAAGUUGUUACACUGUCACAGAUCUCAGCCAAGAAAUGGGAUGAUGCACUCACUGCCAAGCUGUGGGAGAAACUAUCGAAUUAUGUCUUCGAAAAUGUUUACCUACCCGCUGCACAGUCAGGUUCUCAAAAUUCCUUCAAUACCAUGGUGGAUAUUAAGCUGCGGCAGUGGGCGGAGCAGGCGUUGCCCGCCAAAUCGGUGGAGGCUGGCUGGGAGGCACUUCAGCAAGAGUUCAUAUCGUUGAUGGAGCGAGCAAAGAAAGCGCACGAUCACGAUAAUGUAUUCGAUCAGCUCAAGGCGGCCGUUGUGGACGAAGCCAUACGUCGGCAUAGCUGGGAGGACAAGGCCAUAGAUAUGCUGCGGGUGAUCCAGCUAAACACACUGGAGGAUCGCUUUGUGCACGACAAAACGGAAUGGGAUCAGGCGGUUAAAUUCCUGGAGAACUCUGUUAACACCAAGCUGGUGCAAACCGACGAAACAUUGUCCCAAAUGUUUGGACCCGGACCGUGGACGCGUUUCGCGCACUGGAAGUCGCUUACGCAGGAUCAGCAAAAGCGACGCAGCGUCAAGGGUGAACUGGACAAAAUACUCAAGAAUGAUGUGGUGCGUAUGGCCAACCUAAGUUACGAUGAGCUGACAACGGUGCGCAAGAAUCUGCAGCGGGAUAACGUAGAGGUGGACACGGAUUAUAUACGUCAAACAUGGUUCCCAGUCUACAGAAAACACUUUCUGCAGCAGGCGUUGCAGCGGGCGAAGGAUUGCCGCAAAGCGUACUAUCUGUACACGCAACAAGGCGCCGAGUGUGAGGUUUCCUGCAGUGAUGUGGUACUCUUCUGGCGCAUACAGCAGGUCAUCAAGGUGACGGGCAAUGCGUUGCGACAGCAGGUUAUCAAUCGGGAGGCGCGACGCCUGGACAAGGAGAUCAAGGCGGUGCUGGAUGAGUUUAGUGACGAUGAGGAGCGGAAAGCUCACCUGCUCACAGGCAAACGGGUGCAGCUGGCCGAGGAGCUAAUUAAAGUACGACAGAUUCAGGAGAAACUGGAGGAGUUCAUUAAUUCAUUGAAUCAGGAAAAAUAGGCUAUAUGGUGUGCCAUGACCAAAGACACAACUGCGUUAUCUAUUUAAUGUUUUAAUUUAAGCUCAAAAACAACAAAACAAAACGAAACGUUUAUAAUCACAGUCACGACUUGUUCAUAACGAUUUUCCUUAUUGUUUAGUUAUUACGCUUAUUUUGUGCAGCAAUGAGUAAUAAAGGAUUGUUAGUUU